AUAAAUAAAUGUUCAUUAUGACCAUUGCUUCUUAAAUAUUUGUGAUUGUGAUUUUAACUACUUUAUAUCUAUUUAGGUAGUCAAUUUUCUACCAUAUAUUUACGAAGGAACUGUAUAACUCAUUAUUUGAAAAACAUUAAACUCAUCAUAGUUGAUGGUCAAAAAAAUGCCAUGACUUUUUAGCCCGUUCUCGUCUACAUUAACCAGUUUAUGUUAAGUUUACUAUGAUAAUAAAAGUGAUUGAUAUGUUUCAAUAUCGAAACAGUGAUUGCAGGAAACUAAACCUGGGAUUUCUAUAUUCUAGUAUGAAAAUUAUUAAACAAUCACUUGGAAGUUUUCCUCAAUGUUCGACCUAGUCAUUAAUGACUAUUCUUAUUUGUUUCCAGAGAUAUUUCAAAAGUGUUGGACGAAGAAUAUGUUAUAGAACCACAUUAACAGUGAAUUUGUCCAAACAGAUUUCCUCUAUCGACAUACAAACACUACUGCUUUAUUAGUUUCCAUUUGUUUUUGUGGAAAUUUACUUAUCAGUCAAUUAUUUGGCACUUAAACGUCAUCUUUUACUUAUAUAAUGCCCAAAUAUGUGAGACAUUUUCAGAGGGAACUUGUUGUUUUUUGCAUUCAUUUGUAUUCGUUAGUGCUUGACUGAAAUACGGUCGUCAAACCUUGUUUAUUUAGAACAUAAACUAAAAUAUCUGAAAGUAGGUGCUUUCAUUUAUAAAUUUUUAAAUUCUAAGUACGAACAAAGACUGAGCGAUUCAGUCCUGAACUUCAAUGAAUGCCAUACUCUACUAAUAGUUUGGUGGCUCUGACUGCUUUCCUGGUUUACUUUAUUACUCUUUGGAGUUUCAAAUAAAGCAUGUCGUCUUGAGUUUUGAAUAAACAUAUCAACGCUCGGAUCUAGGCUAACCAGUCAUAAUGCAACAUUUCUUCCGAUGACAGAUCCAUAUGUCUUAUACAACUUUCACUUUUAAUGAAAUCAUUAUUUUAUUGUUAAAAUAUUAUAGUAGUUGUCUAACUGACCAGUAUUCUCGUUUACAGAGUUUACGCGAGCACACAGCGAAUGAAAUUGCAAUAGCAUAGGACUAUACUUGUUUAAUUGCCUGUUAAAUUUUAUUAUAAAUCUUGUCUGGGAAAUAAGUUCAUGUGUUACUUCUCGUUAUUUCACCUACUGCUUUGAAUGAACAUCUUAAGACUACAUUGAACCUGUUUCAUUCUUCCUGCAUGUCUAAAGCAGUUGCAUGUGCAGAUAUAAGUUACAUUAUGUUGAGCUCUUCGUGCUAACUAUAUUCUAUUGAUUCGAAUUCCACUGAAGUUACUCGAUAUGUCGUUUCAGAUGAUUGAAGAUGACUGAUAUUUGCUUAUGGUUUCCAUUGAAUUAUAUAAACUACUUGAGUGGCACAUUCUCCCUAGAAACAGUGAACUAGUGUCAUCAGUGAUCAUAUUCUGUUUGUUACUUUUUUAUUCUGAUAACAAAGAAUGACACCAAUUACUCCGUAAUGAAAUAUUAGUUGUUAUUCUUUUGUAAGGAAGACCAGUUAAUAGUUGAACAAGUAACUUCUCUAAAUUGCCCAAUCUUUGACACAAGUUAAAAUUUGCGAAACAGUAUUAAUUUUGAUUGAGAUUGCAGAUAUGUAUUGCUAAAAACGGACAUAAGUCUACAAAAUAGACUCCAAUCUUUGUAUGAACUACCUCCACUCAUAUACUGAUUUUCUGCUGAUGUUCUUAAACGUUUCAUUUGCUUAAAAUAAGUUAGCCGUAGUUCGUAUACUGUUAUUUUUUUAUUAAACGAACCAGAAGAUCCUUAACGGUCUAUACAAACAAAUUCCCUUUGCUCUUUUCACUUCUAACCUUAUAGAUGAAUUUCAUGCAGAAAUGAAACUAGGUUAACACCAUUUAUGAUAACUAUAAACAUCUCCAAUCUCUUAGAAUGUAACGUUAUAAGCACAUAAAAAUGCAAAUAUAUACAAAGUGUUUUGCCAGGCGCAUAUUAUUUCAAAUGGUAUAGAUUUACAAGAUUAUUAUAAUAUUGGCUGAAAUGCGGGUCCUGAACAGAUUUUACGUUUAAAUUUGGAAAUCAUUUAGUGAUGUGAAUGAAGUAGGGUUCUUAAAUAAACACCUUUUUUCGUAAACGGUAUUUUAAAAUUCAUCUAAGUUGUGGGAUUAGCAUUCAAAAUCUCGGAGCACUGAGUAAUCAUCUAUUUUUUUAGUUAAAAUUUCAGUGGGGUUUCAUCCUGUAAGUUGGGUAGCCUUAUAGUGAAACCUUCAUUGUUAUUCUGAACAGCAUAAUCAACACAAACUUUCCCUGAGUAUGAGACUCUGCUAAAACCAUCCUUGUCAAGCUACAAUUCUUCACCAGCUCUAUAUUUAGCAACGUUAAGUGAAUUCGAACUGGAAAUCAUGAACUUCUAAAAUGAAUCAUUCAGGCAGAGUCCAUAUUUCAUGAAUCUCUUGGUAUUUACCUUUUAUAUAGAAGAAGUUGUUACAAAUAAAAUGAAGGUAACCUAGUAUUUUGCUGUUUUUAUAUGCUUCUGAUAUCCACUAUAAUAAGUCAUUCAAAAGAUCAUAUAAGUUCUAAAACAUGAAAUAACGUGUAUCCAGUUGACGUUCUUGAAAAACUGAAAUUUACUUCCCUAUAUCAUACUCUUUUCAUGGAAUUCAUUCUGAUAUCUGUAUGUCAGUGUAUCUCCAUAGUUAUUAAACAACUGAUUUAAUCAGUUUCAUUAAUUAAACGCUCAUAUUCCGUUUUUUAUUAUCCGAUUUCCCCCCAUCUUUUGUUUUUUUUUUUUUUCCUUUUAUUUUACAGAUAUGUAUUACGAAAUAGAUUUAAAUUCAUUAACAAAUAACAAUAAAAAUUGUUCUAAUAAAAAACGAAUUCAAAAAGAAAAACGUUUAUAUUCCUUAGAUAAUUUACAAUAUAUCUAUGCACAUCUAUGUAUUAUUGAUUUUGACGGUAUAUUGAAUUCCAUGAAUAAACAAGAAAUUCUUAUGUCUCUUACAUCAACUGAAUUAUGUUUUGCUAUACGACGUGCUAUUGAUACAACAAUUAAAGAUUUAUUUGGUGAAUUUUCUGGUUUACCAAUAUUAAAUUAUGAUUUAUUAUUUUGUCGUAGAGAAACGAAUGAUAAUAAUGAUGAUGAUCCUGAUGCUAAUCGUCAUCAGUUAACUAUUUCAACAAAUGCUUCAAGCAUAUCUUGGUCUAUUCUACUCGCUGUACCGUAUACUAAUGUAGAGAAAAUAAUAGCAGCAUUAAGUUUCAUGACAAAUGAAUUAGGCGGUUUAGAAUUAAUCAAUAAAUUAUUUGAGUCAAUUCAUUUAAAUAAUGAUUCAUUAAAAUUCUAUGUAGAUGUUAUAUCUGUAUCUGAUUCAUUAUUCAAUUUACCAUGUAUUCCUAUUUAUAAAACAAAAAAUGUUUAA